GAAAGCCGGCGAAUGCUGCUCCGAGUGGACGCUGCGAUCUCUGCGAUGCUGAUGUCUUGAAGGCCUUUCACGACGGCCCGCAGAUGAGGAUUACCCACUUGCUUGCCAACUUGGAGAAGAAGCCGUUGCUGCACGCCCUGGCCCGCAUUCGCCUAGUCCUGGGCAACGAGGCGCGGGACGAUUACAUCAAUCGCCGCAAGAGAACCUUACAAAGAAGAAAUCCAGAUCGGCCCAAGCGAGGACCUCGGCAUGCAGGGGAAGAUCGCGAGACUUCUUGA